CUUCUAGUGACGACGUGGGAUUACAAUUGUGUCUACUUAAUCAACCAUGGACGCAACGGCUAUGAUAGCGACGGGCAAGUCAACAGUGGCUCUCUUCCUGGCGUUGACGUCAUUAGGCUUGACAACUUACAAGUGGCCCACCCACGUUCCUGUACAAGAUAAAGCUGCAUACGACUACAUAGUGGUAGGAGCCGGUACAGCGGGCAGUGUUGUUGCGAAUCGUCUUAGCGAGGACCCAAACGUCAAUGUGCUGCUCAUAGAGGCCGGAGGGGACCCUCAUUGGGAGGCUCAGCAUCCCAUUUUGUUUCCGUAUCUGACCAAAUCAGAAAUGGAUUGGAACUACAUUUCCGAAGACGAUGGCUACUCCGCACAAUACCACAGGAACAAAUAUCUAGAUUUGCCUUCAGGAAAAGCUUUGGGUGGCAGCAGCACACUUCAUCACUUUUACUAUGUAAGAGGGGAUCCUUACGACUACAAACUGUGGGCCGAAGCAGCCAACGAUGAUUCAUGGAACUGGUGGAACCUUCUUCCAUACUUCAAGAAAAGUGAGCGUCUCGAAGAUCAGUACAUCAUUGAUUCGGAAACUGCAUCCUUCCAUGGUAUGGAUGGUCCAGUAGCUAUUACAAGAGAAACUAGAAGUCAAUCACUUAAAUACUUGGAGGCUUUCGGCGAAGUGGGACAUAAGAUUAUGGACGACUCUACCACUAAUGAUACUAUGGGCUUCGCUCGGCCCUUGUGGUACAUUAGCAAAGAAGGCAUUCGCCAAAGCAGUGCAGAAUGUUUCUUGGCACCGGCCAAAGGACGAUCAAAUCUUCAGGUCAUGAAAAGCACUACAGUAACAAAAGUUCUUAUCGAUGGUGACAAAGCAAUCGGAGUUGAAUGCAGUACACCAGAUGGACUUAUCAAUAUUUACGCUAACAAGGAAACCAUAUUAUCGGCAGGCGCUUUCAAUACACCAAAAAUUUUGAUGUUAUCCGGAGUAGGACCAAAAGAACACCUCGAAAGUGUGGGUAUACCGGUUGUUUAUGACUCACCGGUUGGUCAAAACUUACAAGAUCAUGUAGCCGUCGUAGUCGCCCAUAAAUUGGAACAAACUAAUGAUGCUGUUGCACCGCAACCUCCAUCAGACUUCCCGGUGCCAACAUUUAUUGGUUCAGGUGCAUUUAACAAAGGACAGGAUUACUCUGAUUGGGUGACAUUGAACUUAAUUUGUAGAAAUAAUCCUGCUGCUUUACUACUUUUGAGUUCCGUCGUUUUUGGGCUGCACGAUGACGUUUGCAACCAGCUCGCUGCUGCUGGAACAGGAAGCGAGGUUCUGUUUACUGUAUUCAAUAAGGCACGUCCUAGUUCCACUGGUACAGUUGAGCUACGAAGUGCUGAUCCUCACGAUAGUCCAAAAAUUUUCACAGGCCAUUUAUCGAACAGUAUUGAUUUGGAGGAUAACGCUAAGUGGUUACAAGAUUUCAUCAAAGUAACACAAUCGAGCUAUUUCAAGAGGGUUGGCGGUGAGACGAUAUACGUUGAUUUGCCAAAUUGCCAAGGCUUAGACCACGACACGACCGAGUACUGGAAGUGCUAUGUUCUCAACAUGAUGGACACUACUUUCCACUACAGCAGCUCUUGCCGCAUGGGAUCUGUGCUAGAUUCUAGGCUGCGAGUUCUUGGAAUCAAAAAUUUGAGAGUGGGGGACGCCAGCGCAAUGCCUAAUCAAGUUACUGGCAAUAUUAACACAGCUGUCAUGGUUCUCGCCGAAAAAUUGGCAGACAUGAUUAAAGAAGAUAACUGAAUAGACUUACUAUCUAUAAUACUUUGACCGUCUAGUUAUAGAUGA